AUGUAUUUGUGUUUCUCUCCAGGGAUGAAGUCAGGGAUCCUCCUCUUCGGAUUCUUGGUGACCCUGAGCCUGUGCCAGGCAUCUGGAUCUUCCAUAAAUGAUAUCUUGGAGACGCUGCCAGAUCCAUUCUUUCUGAGCAGCACGAAUGAAGCCAAGGAGCUGGUGGAUGCUGCAUACAAGUACGAACGGGACAGAGCAAAGGCGGCAUUCCGGAAAAAGGACAUCAGCCCCUCAGAUAUCCUGAGACAUUUAAAGGAGCCAGUGGCAGGAACAAGGUCUGCAAUCCGAGUUGCCGAUUACAUGGAAACCACCCUGAGCCUCCUGAAGAAGAAGUUGCGUCGCGUGGUGAAAGGAGAGUUUAAUAUCACAGAUGUACUAAGUAGGAAGCAGAAGGAAAUUAUUUCCAAGGCAACUGGUUGUGACUAUCAGAUUCGUUCCAUUAAGUGCCCGAAGAGUAGCAUUUACCGGACCAUUACUGGAGAAUGCAACAACAGGAAACAUUCUUAUUUGGGAGCUUCCAAUCAUGGAUAUGCCCGAUGGCUCCCGGCAGAGUAUGAGGAUGGAGUGUCUCUUCCCAAAGGAUUCACCGAAGGAAAACUUUACAAUGGAUUUCCGCUCCCACUGGUUCGAAAAGUGUCAAAUGAAAUCAUUCACACAGCCAAUGAGAAUGUCACCCAAGACCAGGAGCGCUCUGUCAUCUUCGUGCAUUGGGGUCAGUGGAUUGACCACGAUUUGGACUUAGCCCCUUUCACUACUACAAAAAUCGACAAUCAAGAAGUUCAGUGUGAGACCAGUUGCACCUCUGAGCUACCUUGCUUCCCAAUUAAGUUUCCCCCUGAUGAUCCACGAAUUAAGGACCCAAAUACUUGUAUGCCAUUCGUCCGUACAGCUCCAGUGUGCAAUGCCAAAACAUUUAUACAUGAGCAGAUCAAUGCGCUCACCUCCUUCAUGGAUGCCAGCAUGGUGUACGGCAGUGAAGUACCUCUAGCUAAGAGUCUUAGGAAUCAGACAAACCAGCUGGGUUUGAUGGCGCUGAACCAGAACUUUACUGAUGCAGGGCUGGGAUUACUGCCCUUUGAGACCAAUUCCCAAAGCCCCUGUUUAUUCACAAACAAGACCAUGAAUAUCCCCUGUUUUAAAGCAGGUGAUGCACGAGUAACUGAAAAUCUGGGACUUACAGCUCUACACACACUCUUUGUGCGGGAGCACAAUCGCUUGGCUACCGAGUUGAAGAAAUUAAAUCCACACUGGGAUGGAGAGAAGCUCUACCAGGAGGCCCGAAAAAUCAUAGGUGCCAUGACCCAGGUAGUAACAUACAGAGACUACUUGCCACUUCUGCUUGGAGAUGAGACUGAGAAGGAAAUACCAUGCUACACGGGCUAUGAUGAGUCUGUGGAUCCCACCGUGGCAAAUGUAUUCUCCUUGGCUUUUCGGUUUGGUCACGGUGCAGUACAGCCUUUUGUGACCCGUUUAGAUGAUCAUUUCGAACCUUUGGGUCCAAAUUUCCGGGUCCCUCUUCACCUCACAUUCAGUGCUUCCUGGAGGGUUGUAAUGGAAGGUGGCAUUGACCCGCUUCUCCGUGGUAUGCUGGUUGUCCGUGCGAAACUAAUGAAACAGGAUCAAAUGGUGGUGGAGGAGCUCCAAGAGCGGCUUUUUGAACAGUUACAAGUAAUUGGACUGGAUCUACCAGCCUUAAACCUGCAACGUGGAAGAGAUCAUGGUCUUCCAGGGUAUAACGCCUGGAGGCAAUUCUGUGGGCUCUCACAGCCUCACAACUUAGCUGAACUCUCUGAAGUGCUGAGAAAUCCCAAGCUGGCCAGGAAGUUCAUGGACCUGUACGGGACAGCAGACAAUAUCGACAUCUGGAUUGGGGCUAUGGCUGAGCCGUUUGUUCCCAAUGGCAGAGUGGGACCUCUCCUGGCUUGCAUCAUUGGAUCUCAGUUCAGGAAAUUGCGAGAUGGGGACAGAUUCUGGUGGGAGAAUCCCGGGGUUUUCACUCCACAGCAGCGCCGGGCCCUGAGCAGAAGUUCAUUGUCGCGGGUUCUCUGUGAUAACACUCGCAUUAGAGAGGUGCCCAGGGAUGCGUUCAAGGUCAACCGCUAUCCUGAGGACUUUGUGAACUGCAGAAUGAUCGACAGUAUUGAGUUGUCACCUUGGAGACAACGCAGUAACUAUGGAGUGAAAGAACAAGCAUCCAGUGACUCCGUCUGAUGGAAGUUGAGAUUUCCCUGGAGGGCUGGAUUGAGGAUGCUGCUGGCAAAGACUCUUCACUACUUUCAGUCUAACCCACUACUGACGCUUGCUGGCUGGAAGGCACGGACUCGUUCUGUGACUGGCUGGAAGGCACGGCCUCGCUCUGUGACUGGCUGGAAGGCACGGCCUCGCUCUGUGACUACCUGCCGUCAUUUUGCCUGUGUUUGUGUAGAUUUUCUUCCAUUUGGAAAAACUUCCAACGCUGUCAUUAGCUUGCAAGUGGCCAUUGCUAAAAGAACUAGGAUUAGCUGAUAACACUAGCUAAAAACGUCCAGACUGAAUUGAAGCCCACGAGUGCAGAUUUACAAGUUAGUGAUUGUAGGCUGCCUACUGGUGCCUAGUUUUGUGAUUCUUCCAUUUCUUUAUCAUACAGAUCAUUGAUUCUCUUUCUGGUUUCUCUGAAUGGUGAAAGGGCAAGUUGUACACAUUUAAGAUAUUAUCUCAAUAAAGCCGGAUUUAUGCAAAAGUGUAUUCAGGUACCAUCACCUCCCAUUUCUGAGUAUUGUCAAUAUAUUGGAACAAAUACACUGUUAACCAAAUAGCACUACCUCUAUAUACGUCUCUAUAGAGAGACUAUAUACGUCUCUAGCACCCCUCAGGGAAAGGGUGCCACUGCUCCUGUCUCAGAGUCCAGGGCACCGCCCCACAGCUGUUUUGUUCAAGGCGUCAGCCCCCUUUUGUGAAAGCAGAAAGCCAGACUAUGCUUUUUGUGGGC